CCCACACUCCCCUGCACACCCAACCCAUCCACAUCCACUCGCCCAAGCCGGCCUUCGUCCCUGCCCAACGCUGCUUCACUCUCUCCAGCGAUAGAUAGCAUCAUCCUCUCCACCUGCACAGGAGACGACGAAGCAGCACCAUCGUCCGCGGUCCUUUGCUUCUUCUGGCGCCAUGACGUCGCCGGUGCCGGAGACGUUCAGCCUGCAGGACCAGCAGCCGCCGCCGCCGCCGCCAGCGGAGCAGGAGCAGAUCUGCUACGUGCACUGCAGCUACUGCGACACCAUCCUCGCGGUGGGCGUGCCGUGCAGCAGCCUGUUCCAGACGGUCACCGUGCGGUGCGGCCACUGCGCCAACCUGCUCUACGUCAACCUCCGCGCCCUCCUGCUGCCGCCGGCGACGGCGCCCGCGGCCGCCAACCAUCUACCGCCCUUCGGCCAGGCUCUCCUCUCCCCGACCUCACCGCACGGUCUACUCGAUGCUGAGACGAUGUCGUCGUCGUCGUUCCAAGCGCCGAGCCUGCCGAGCGCUGAACCGCCGAGCGCCGCCUGCGUGAGCGGCAUCACGAGCAUCAACAACACCGCCUGCGGUGGCAACAACGCCGCGUCGGCCAUGGCGCCGCCACCGGCCAAACCUGCACUGCACGAGCCGCCGCAGCUGCCCAGGAGCGCAGCGUCAGCGAACAAGACUUCAGAGAAGCGGCAGAGAGUUCCUUCCGCAUACAACCGUUUCAUCAAAGAUGAGAUCCAGCGCAUCAAGGCCAGCAAUCCCGACAUCACUCACAGGGAAGCUUUCAGCGCGGCUGCCAAGAAUUGGGCCCAUUUCCCACACAUCCAUUUCGGCCUCAUGCCCGAUCAGGGUCUGAAGAAGCACCCCAUGCAAACUCAGGAGGGAGCUGAAUGCAUGCUUUUCAAGGACGGUCUAUACGCCGCCGCCGCCGCCGCCACAGCGGCGUCCAGCAUGGGCAUCUCUCCAUUCUGAUGACUUCAGCUCCACCGCGGAAUGGUCUAUAGCGUUCUGCCUCUCUGUGCGCGCCUAGCCGCUUAGGGUUCUGAUGUCUCAGUUCCCUCGUUAUCUCCCGGUUGCUUGAGUGAGAGAUAGCUUCAAUGUCUAUCCCAGCCGGAGAAUCUCGAAAUGUCUCUCAGUACCCAUAUAUCUCUAAUAGUUCUCCUCAGUUUCCAGCUUCUUACUUUGUUAAUUUGUUAUUAUGCAACCUCUAGAGAGGUUGUUAUGUGUAUGACGAUGUGCGGCCUCUUAUCUUUAUAUGGACAUAAUUCGAGCUGGAUAUUCGGCUGAGCUAGCGUCUACUACGUACUUCAAAUUUUCC